AUGCUUCGUUUUCCCAUUUCAUUCAUUUACUCGACUAAAUGGCGAUUACUUACGCAGAAAACGAACCCUGUGGUUGCUGAGAUUUGCUCUCUUAUGUCGAGGCAUCUCAAGGAAAACUCCGAGUAUCAACGCUAUCCAAUUUUCAAGUACUUUGAGAACUGGUGCCAAGACGAGAACCGUCAUGGUGAUUUCUUCUCUGCACUGAUGAAGGCACAGCCUCAAUUCCUUAACGACUGGCAGGCAAAAUUGUGGUCGCGUUCCUUCUGUCUCUCGGUGUAUGUGACAAUGUACCUCAACGAUUGCCAGAGAACAACUUUCUACGAGGGCAAUGGCCUCGACACCAAAGAAUUUGACAUGCACUUUAUCAUCGAGACGAACCGAACAACUGCUAGAAUCUUCCGGGCUGUACUGGACAUUGCGAACCCGGAAUUCAAGAGGAAGUUAGACAGGAUGGUGGAGAUUAACGAGCAACUGUUUGCAGUUGGGCAGAGUGAAGAUAUCCCAUUUGUGAAGAACUUCAAGAGGAUCCUACUUAUUGCAGCUUUGGCUUCCGAAUUGUUGGCUGCAUAUCUGAUGAAACCUAUAGAAUCUGGUUCUUUUAUUUUGACACAAUCCCAACUUCAUUCUUAG